AGCGCACUGCCGGGGCGGGUCCGCCAUUGGCGGGAGAUCCUCAGCGAGUCCCAUGGAAGCUCCAAAGCGCCCGGGAGCUCCCGGGGGUCCCCCCGGGGGUCCCAAAAAAUUCCGGGGGGGUCCCAAAGCCCCGUCCCAGUUUGAGGAGGAAUUGGCCCAACUGGGAGAACUGGAGGAACUGGAGGAGGAGCUGGAAACCACAGAGGGGCCCCCCCCGGACCCCCAGAGCCAGCCCAGCGGGUCUCUCUUUGUGGGGGAGGUGCCCCCCAAGUGGCGCCGCCCCGCCCCUCCCCCGCAGCCCCCCGAAACUCUGACCUUCCUGCAGAUGGACAUCGACCACUACGUGGGGAUUCCCCCCCCGGGGUUCCCGGGCUGGCCCCACCCCUCCCCCAUCCUGCGGAUGUUCGGGGUGACGGGGGAGGGGCUGAGCGUCUGCGUCCACCUGCACGGCUUCACCCCCUACUUCUACGUCCAGGCACCCCCAGGGGUUCUCCCGGAUCACCUGGAGCCGCUGGAGCGGGAGCUGGAGCGGGAGCUGAGCCGGGAGCAGCGCGGGGGGAGCCCCAAAUCCCGGCCCCCCAAAAACGUCCUGGGGCUGGAGCUGCUCUGGAAGCGAAGUAUCCUGGGUUUCCAGGGCAGUUCCCUGUCCCCGUUUGUCCGGGUCCGGCUCUCCCUGCCCCGCCUGGUGCCGCCCGCCCGGCGCCUCCUGGAGCGGGGCCUGCGCUGGGGGGAGCUGGGGGUGCAGCCGGCGCCGCCCUACGAGGCCAACAUCGACUUCGAGAUCAGGUUCAUGGCUGACUCGGGGCUCGUCGGCUGCUCCUGGGUGGAGCUGCCCCCGGGGAGCUUCCGCUGGCGGGGGGACCCCCGGCUCUCCCUGUGCCAGCUGGAGGCCGACGCUGCCUGGGGGGGGCUGAGGGGGCACCCCCCGGAGGGGCCCUGGCUGGGGCUGCCCCCCCUGAGGGUGCUGAGCCUGGACAUCGAGUGUGCGGGCAGGAAAGGGGUGUUCCCCGAGGCGCAGCAGGACCCGGUGAUCGCCAUCGCGGCCGUGGCGCUGCGGCAGGGCGCGCGGGAGCCGUUCCUCAGGGUGGUCUUCACCCUCCUCGAGUGCGCCCCGCUGCGAGGAGCCACCGUCAGGAGCUUCCCCUGCGAGAGGGAGCUGCUCCAGUCGUGGGCGGAGUUUGUUCGGAUCGUGGAUCCCGACGUGGUGACCGGGUACAACAUCCACAACUUCGACCUGCCCUACCUGAUCCAGAGAGCCCAGGUGCUGCAGGUGCCGUCGUUCCCGUUCCUGGGCCGUGUCCGGGGGGUCCCGUCGCAGGUGAAGGAUUCGGCGUUUCAGUCCCGGCAGCUCGGCCGACGGGAGGGGAAAAUGGUGACAACACCUGGGAGAGUCACCUUGGACAUGCUGCAGGUGCUGCUGAGGGAGCACAAACUGCGCUCGUACUCCCUGAACGCCGUCAGCGCUCACUUCCUGCACGAGCAGAAGGAGGACGUCCCCCACGGCAUCAUCACCGAGCUGCAGAACGGGGACGCGCAGACGCGGCGCCGCCUGGCCCUGUACUGCCUGAAGGACGCGCUGCUGCCGCUGCGGCUGCUGGAGCGCCUGAUGACGCUGGUGACGCUGGUGGAGAUGGCGCGGGUGACGGCCGUGCCCCUCAGUUACCUGCUCACACGGGGACAGCAGGUCAAGGUGGUGGCGCAGCUCCUGCGGCAGGCCAUGCAGGAGGAUUUUUUGCUGCCGGUGGUGAAGUCGGAGGGGGGAGAGGAUUUUGAGGGGGCCACGGUGAUCGAGCCCCUCAAAGGGUACUACGACUCUCCCAUCGCCACGCUGGAUUUCUCCUCGCUGUACCCGUCCAUCAUGAUCGCCCACAACCUCUGCUACAGCACCCUGCUGGCACCCGGCAGCGCCCAGCGCCUCGGGCUGGGCCCCGAGGAUUUCAUCCGGACGCCGACGGGGCAGCUCUUCGUGACCCCCCGGGUGCGGAGCGGGGUCCUGCCACGGGUGCUGCAGGGACUGCUGGCUGCCAGGAGCAGGGUGAAGGCGGCUCUGGCCCAGGAACAGGACCCCGAGCGCCGGCAGGUGCUGGACGGGCGGCAGCUCGCGCUCAAGGUCAGCGCAAAUUCCGUCUACGGAUUCACCGGAGCGCAGGCGGGAAAACUGCCCUGCCUGGAGAUAUCGCAGAGCGUGACCGGCUUCGGGCGCCAGAUGAUCGAGAAGACGAAACAGCUGGUGGAGAACAAAUACCCGGAUGUGCAGGUGGUGUACGGGGACACGGACUCGGUGAUGUGCCGCCUGAGCGUGGCCUCGGUGGCCGAGGCGGCCGCGCUCGGACGUGAAGUGGCCACCUGGGUGUCCGGCCACUUCCCCUCCCCCAUCCGGCUGGAGUUCGAGAAGGUGUACCUGCCCUACCUCUUGAUCAGCAAGAAACGCUACGCCGGGCUCUGCUUCGCCGGCAGCGCCGAGCCCCGGCUGGACUGCAAAGGGCUGGAGGCCGUCAGGAGAGACAACUGUCCCCUGGCUGCCAACCUGGUGACGGCCUGUCUGCGCAGGAUCCUGCUGCACAGGGAUCCCAUGGGUGCCGUGGCUCACGCUCAGGAGGUGAUCUCAGACCUGCUCUGUAACCGCAUCGACAUCUCCCAGCUCGUCAUCACCAAGGAGCUGACGCGCGCCGCCAGCGCCUACAGCGCCCCGCAGGCUCACGUGGCUCUGGCUGAGAGGCUGCGGCGCAGGGACCCCGGCAGCGCCCCCUCCCUGGGGGACCGCGUCCCCUACGUCAUCGUCAGCGGCGCCCGCGGCCAGGCCGCCUACACACGGUCUGAGGACCCGGUGUUCGCCCUGGAGCAGAACCUGCCCAUCGACACCCGCUACUACCUGGAGCAGCAGCUGAGCCGGCCCCUGCUGAGGAUCUUCGAGCCCAUCCUGGGCGAGGGCAGGGCCCAGGCCGUGCUGCUCCAGGGGGAGCACACGCGCUGCAAGACCCUCCUGACCUCCAGAUCCGGGGGGCUCUCGGCCUUCACCUCCAAACGCAGCAGCUGCGUCGGCUGCCGGGCGCUCCUGCCCCACCACGGAGCCGUUUGUGAUUUCUGCCGCCAGAGGGAGUCCGAGCUCUACCAGAAGGAGGUGUCCCAGGUGUGGCACCUUGAGCGCAGCUUCUCCCGCCUCUGGAGCCAGUGCCAGCGCUGCCAGGGCUCCCUGCUCCAGGACGUUCUGUGCACCAGCCGGGACUGCCCCAUUUUCUACAUGCGCCGCAAAGUGCAGAAGGACCUGGAGGCGCAGCAGGAGCUCCUCAAACGCUUCGGGGUCCCCGACUGGUGACGAAUCCACCCCAAAAAAUCCCAAAAUCCCAAAAAAAAAAUUCCGGGAAUCCCCAAAAAAAAUAAAAAUCCCGGCGUUUUUGGGAGUUUGGAUGAAUUUUUUAUCCCCCCCCCCCGCGGUUUUGUAUGGGAAA